ACAGAUGCUUUAUCGAGAGAGAGGGAGAGGAGGGAAGAAUUGAUGGCAAAUUUUGUACUGCAAGUGCCAAAUACUUUGAGGAGCUUCUCCGUCUCGGCUUCCUCUAAUGGGGCUCCGCCGAGUAAUCCAAGCGGUGGUUCAGGUCCAGUGAUUGUGGAGCUUCCACUUGAUAAGAUUAGAAGACCCCUCAUGCGGACAAGAGCUAAUGAUCCAAACAAAGUGGAGGAACUCAUGGAUAGUAUUAAACAGAUUGGCCUCCAAGUUCCUAUUGAUGUGCUGGAGGUUGACGGAGUUUACUAUGGAUUCUCGGGUUGUCAUCGGUAUGAGGCUCACCAGCGCCUUGGCCUCCCAACAAUUCGUUGCAAAGUCCGACGGGGAACAAAAGAAACUCUGAGGCAUCACCUCCGCUGAAUGUGUUUGCAACGUUGGUUUGCUAAUCAGCUUUUGUUUGAUCACUGUCUCGUUGCAACUAAUGCCGUGAAUUUUCUCAUUGUACUUGCUUAUAUUCUAGGUUGUAAAUAUAUGCGGCUUGUCCCCUGUCAAGUAUAUCAGGUUUAAUAGGUAGGAAAUGGAAGGAAUGACUAUAAACACAAGCCUCAAUUACUGAUAGCAACAAGUUGUAUGUUCUCAGACCAUACUUUUUUUGGGUAAGUGGGGUGGGAGAUUCGAAUUUGGGUGCCUUAACCAACCACCUCGGGUGAGGGGUUGUUGGCUAAGACCAUACUUUGAUGCAAGUAAAUUGCUAGUUUCAUUUGUUUCA